AGAAGAGCUCUUCCCCUCCUCGUUCAUCACCACAGGCUGUAUCUGGUAACAUUGGCGGAAUAACACCAGGAGAGCGUCUUUUUCUGGGUGUUUUUAAAGCUGCCUUUUGCUGAGGUGAAGUUUAAAGGCAGGCAAAAUGUCGUCUUGGGUGAAAUCACCUGCGGGUGGUCGGCGGCCAUCCGGUAACCCUAACGGAAGUGCUCCACAGCCGCGUGUGUUUCGGAGGGCAGCUCCAUACCCAACCAGAGAGGAGAGGACCGAAGAGCUCAAGGAUGCCCUGGACAGUUAUGAAGAGCUAGAGCAAAUCCAAAACUACAGUGGAAGUGUGAAGUACGAGGGCUACAAGCAUCAGCCAAAUGCCAAACCAGAGGGUGGCACUCCAGCAGACAGACGUAAAACGCUGUAUCAGAAGUUCUACAGACAGGUGCAGGAGGAGAGGAAGCCAGCCGACUGCGUGGUUCUCUCUGUUACCAAACAGUGCCUGGAUUACCCCAAAUCGCUAAGCCAGUGCUUGCAGGAGCGUGGCCUGUCAGUGGAAAUGCUCUACCUUCAAGCGGAAUCGGGCCUGACCCGGGCCCUACAGGAUGUCCGAGCAGAAGGCUCCCCCUUAUGUAUUCUGGUGGAGCAGACAAACGUAGCUCUGUCCUCCUGCACUGUUAUCAUAUUCUCAGAAUCCCUCAAAAUCCAUCGAAACAUGCCCAAAGACCAGGCCAUGGACUUUGUUCUAGCAGAGUACAACCGUGGACUGGCUAAAGAGCGACCCCCGAGGGACCCAGCAGACAUUGCAGCCGAGGCGUCGCAGCUGCUCGAUGACUUUCUGGAUCGAGAAAAGAUCGCGCGCCACACCGUUCCCUCUGAAACACGUCAGCUCCUCGUACUGUUAGGCGAGGGUGUCCAUCUGUACCCCGAGGAGUUGGAAACCAUCUCGGAGUACGUGCGCUCUCGGCAGGACCACGUACAAGCUUCCAACAGUGAGGGUGAGAAAGGGAUCAUGUUACCUCCAGGGUUGGGGAAACCACCUCCUCUGCUUCCGACUCCAUCUGGGCCACCACAGCCUCAGCCUGCAUCUUUAACAGGGGGGCCCAUGGGAGACCACGCCUCACCUUCACCUGUACCCCUCUUGCCUUCACCAGUUGCUCAUCCCAAAACCAAACCUCCUCCGCUGCUCUCCUUGCAUCGCCUUCCUGGUCCGUCGUUAGGGGGCCCAAUUGUCCGAGGUCCCCUGUCGUCACACAUCCCUUACGGCGGUCCCGGUGUGCCUCGUGGGCCCCUGCUCCACCCUCCUCCUGUGUUCCACCCAGGCCCCAGAGGUCCCACUAGAGGAGCCCCUCCCACUCUAAAGAGUGCUCGCCCUCCACUUCUGUCGUCUCCAGGUGCUCCUCUUCUUCGUCAGAGUGUCCCCCGGCAUUAGGAAAUGAGACGCACACACACAAAUUUGCAGGUUAUGAACAGUGUAUCACUUCAUGUUAGAGCAAAAGCAUCCUUUUUUAUGUUUUUUAUCUAAAUUUAGCUGGAAGAUAAAUGAAAGUUGAUGUUAUGUCUUCAGCUCACUGUGGGUGGUUUGAGUGGUAAUGUUAAGACCCCCCCCCGAGGCAUCGGUGCCUUUUUUAUGUUUUGUCCGUCAGGGUCUGUAACUGUUGGUGAGUGUUGCACAGGUCCAUCAGGUAGUUCGUUUAGCUGAUUGCACAGAAAUACAGCCACGCAGUAAUCAAUACCCAAUCACGGCUGCAACAGGACGUCUUCUGUAUUAAACGCCACGAGCCUACUUGCUGUGUACAGUUUUUCAACAUGGUGCUUUGAAUUUCUCAAAGUUUCUCUGGACAACAGAUAUUUCACUUUAUAAUGGUUUGUUCUUCGGAGCCGUAUUUCUGGUUCAAAUAUAACUUGAUUCAUGUGUAAUUUUAUUUGUGCCACAGAGGAAAACGGUCACUCUGAAGGACUCUGUAUGAUGCAUGCAGUAUCUUCAUGGCAGAACACAAACGCGUGUAUUUGUUAAAUUGCAUUUCCUGCACUGUGCACAGUAAAAUCGCUGUCGUGUACAGUACAUUUCAGUAAAAUAAUCGUCCUUGUGACAUUGGAAUUGCAACUAUCAGCUUUGUUUUGUUACCCAGGCUUCUGACAGAGUCCUUCUAUCAAAGCACAAGACUAAGCUCCAACUAUUUCCCAGCAUAAAUGAAAGAAAUGCGACUCUCUUCAUUAUAAGUCCAGUGACCACAUAUUUUCUGAAUGGCAGGUCUGAUGUGAGUAAGAAGGCUCCACAGGUUUGGUUACACGCUGUGGGUUUCAGCCUUUAAGCUUAAUAUCUGUUAAAUAUGUGAUGCAGGCAGAGCACACGAGUCUGGAACAAACAACUACUUAUCAUAUGUGGCUUUUUUUGUCAUUGCUAGAAUUUCUAGCACACUGUUGUUUUGUUGCUAAUAUUUAUUAGCAUUACUGAAAAGCAUUUAUCUGGUUAAGAAGCCUUUUUCUGUUGGAGCUGCGGGAGGCUGAGGCCUCACAAAGACAAACGCUUUGCUUUUGUAGAUACUGUAAAAAUGUUUUUUUCUUCAUGUUUUUGAACCACUGUAUGCUUUUCCCUUUGCUGUGCGGCGUGCUGAUGUUGAACAGGUUUGGAGUCCCGAUUAUAUUUUCAAAGAAAACAUUUAUAAAUGUUUUGAGACGUUUUUCUUUUAUUACGAAUUAAAAUGAACAUCUUGAUACAAGUUCACCAAACUGACGCAUCUUUCUGUAAGAGUCUGAAUAGAUGUUAGUGCUCAAAUUCCUAACACAUACGUAUUGAUCAGUCUAUUUAAGUGAAUAAAACAUAAAAGUGAA